AUGGAGAAACGAUAUGUCAAUUGGACGGAUUUAGAGAAAGAUUACCUCCGUCGUCACGGCCCAAAGCCAGGCGAUAAUGUAGAGCCAGAAAUCUGGGUUGAACUAACUCAGGGUCUAAAUGAUAGAAUCAAAGAGUGGUGCGAAAAGAAUCCAUUUCUACAGCUCGGAAAAUCAUACCGUCGUAAACCUUGGGAACGAACCUUAAUCGCGGUUGAAGGUUACUACGGAAAUUAUGGCUUCUCAGAACUCUAUCCCGAAAAGGGGCCUGCGGCAAAAGCUAAGAAUUUGGUCAAAGCGGUCACUAGGUAUACCAAAGAUACUGAAUCGUCGAAAUACCCACCAGAGCUUGAUCUGCAACUAAAAAUAAUGAUUAAUGACAACCCAGAUUGGACGGCUAUCUUGAAGAAGUGUAAGGAGCUUGGGGGAGAGGGCAACCAAUAUACACAUGGGUCUGUCCGGAAUCGUCAUACCAACUUUUUGAAGGAGUUAACUCUUGAACAGCUGAAAGAUCGAGCCAAGAAGGUCGUGACGCAACAAAAUGCGUCAGACUGCCUACCAUUACAAACAUCCGAUGGGGAAUCUUCUUGCACCCAGCAGGAAGUGGAAAGACCACUACGCAUAACUGAACGUCGAGACAGUGACGCCCACAUUUCUACAGAUGGGCGAGGUGAAAGCAAUAAAGGGGAGUCUUCCAAGAACCGCCGAGACCUUCCAGUGCCAAAAUUAUCCGCGGGAUCUUCUUCGGGUAGCAGACGAGAAGGGCAAAGGCCAGUACGCACAACUAAACAACAAGCUGAGGCCAGCAAGACUUCCACAGUGAUAGCCGAGCGCGCCGAUAUUGGGAGAUAUCGCCAACAUCGUGAAACGAGUCAGGCACUGGCUCCUGCUGGUGGUUCAGGCAACGAUCAAAAAAGGCCUGCAGCGAAAACUGAAGCACGAUAUCCGCGACAAGAAAGCCAAAGAAAACGUGAAGAGAAUCAAAGGCCCCGAGAAACCAGCGUCAAGCGUGGUAAGUCAAGGGAUCAGUACAGAGAGCGCGAAGAUUUCGGACCUGAGCUUGAGCUUGAGGACGGCGAGAUUGAUCAAAGAAAGAUUAAACGUACUGGUACUGGAAGAUCUCACAGUCCAGACAAACAAGGUGCCAGGGACAGUCGUCGUGAAAAAAAUGCCGAGGAUCGCCGAAAGCGGGAACGGCAGAACAUUUUUGGUCGCAGAUAA